AUAAAAGAAACCCAAUAUGCCAACGAACGACGGGCGAGUUUGUGGCCGACGGGUACGUAAACAUUUCCACUACGUCAUCAUUCCACUCCAUGCUCUCUGCUGUCUCUUCAUCGUCCCAUGUCCGAUUUAUUUUCUCGAUCGUUCCUAUACAUACAUCGCCCUAACAACAAUGGCCCCGAAGCUCCGUGUCCUCGUUUCCUCCUCCUCAGGUUACCCGCCCAAGGCCCCCAUCCCCGUCAACUCCCCCGCCCCAACCCCCAUCUCCACCCCAGGGUUCGAAGGGAACGUCUGGGUCUUUGUCAAGGAUUAUGCUGGGGACCAUAAAGAAGGGGACGGGAGCGAGUAUUUCGGGAAGGAUGGAAGAGGAGGGAUGACGUAUGGGAUUGUUGUCAAAGGCAAGUUCUUGGAAGACCUCACUGCAGAUGAGGUCAUGUUUGGCAAUACAUUCGAGAAACCGAUAAAGGAUAGUUUGCCGUGGGGUACAAGUGUUGCUACCAAGUUCAUGUACUUUAUUGACCCUACUCUCGAACUCGACAUUUAUGCCGAUAAGCCAUGGGCCCUCUCCCCAGCUUUAGCGACUAUGAACUACCUCUCAUUGGAGGAUGGUUCCAAGGUUGGGAAAGAUUUGGUGGUCAAAGAAGACUCACUGGAGUUUAUAAAAUCCAAAGCCAAAGAUGAAGGAAUUGCUGUGCCAACCCCUCGGGAAGGGGAUGAGAAGACCGAGAUCAAUGCUCGACGGAAAUGGUUAGCGGACAAAAAGAACAGAGAGAAGAUCAAGCUUGGGAAAGAUGUGGUGGUGGGGAUGGAGUUUGCCAACGGUCUCCUAGACUUCAACACCCUCUCCGCCGCACUCCCGCCGCCCUUCAACGCCCAAUUCCCUCUCGUCAAAUACUGGGACGGCCAGCCAGUCACUUACGUUUGCCAGCGGAAAGCGCCCAAGGGGCAGAGUCCGGUAGGGCAAGACGUUUUUUGGAGUGUAGCAUUUGAGAUUAUUGAUGAGGAUCUUAAGAAUGAGUUGGAGAAGAGGGGGGCGAAGGGGGCGGCAGGUGAAAAAGGGACGAAAGAUGACAGAGAGGAGGAACAGGGAAAGGAAAAGGGAAAGGGGAAUGGGAAUAAUGAAAACGAGAAAGUUUCAGAUGACGUUGAUUAGACGUUCUAGAUAUACAGCUUUCGAGGCUGAACAACUGUAUGAAAAUGUACCGA